GCCGCCUAUCGACCGAUAAACCGCAGAUUCGCCAGUUUUCCGCAAGGUGGCGACUACGGCGGGCGCAGACUAAAAGACUUUUUUCUAUAUACGCCAGGAAACCAGUGCAAAAGACCCAGGCAACACAAUGGCUGCUAGAUUCAUACAGAAAAUUGUCAACGCGGCUCCCGCCGCCAGCCGGUCCUACUCCUCCGGAACCCAGAAGGUCACCCUGAUCCCCGGCGAUGGCAUCGGACCCGAGAUCUCCGCUGCCGUCCAGAAGAUCUUCACCGCUGCCAACGUGCCCAUCGAGUGGGAGGCCGUGGAUGUAACCCCCGUUCGGGGAGCCGAUGGAAAGUUCGGCAUCCCGCAGGCCGCCAUCGACUCGGUGAACACGAAUAAGAUCGGCUUGAAGGGUCCCCUGAUGACGCCCGUGGGCAAGGGCCACCGCUCGCUGAACUUGGCCCUGCGCAAGGAGUUCAACCUGUACGCCAACGUGCGUCCCUGCCGCAGCCUCGAGGGCUACAAGACGCUGUACGACGACGUCGACGUGGUCACCAUCCGCGAGAACACCGAGGGCGAGUACUCCGGCAUCGAGCACGAGAUCGUCGAUGGCGUCGUCCAGAGCAUCAAGCUGAUCACCGAGGAGGCCUCCAAGCGCGUGGCCGAGUACGCCUUCCAGUAUGCGAAGAACAACAACCGCAAGAAGGUUACCGUGGUGCACAAGGCGAACAUUAUGCGCAUGUCCGACGGUCUCUUCCUGCGCUGCGUCCGCGACAUGGCCCAGAAGUUCCCGGAAAUCCAGUUCGAGGAGAAGUACCUGGACACGGUGUGCCUGAACAUGGUGCAGAACCCCGGCAAGUACGACGUGCUGGUCAUGCCCAAUCUGUACGGUGAUAUUCUGUCCGACAUGUGUGCCGGUCUGGUGGGCGGCUUGGGUCUGACGCCCUCCGGCAACAUGGGUCUGAACGGCGCCCUGUUCGAGUCCGUGCACGGAACCGCACCCGACAUUGCCGGCAAGGACCUGGCCAAUCCCACUGCCCUGCUGCUGUCGGCAGUCAUGAUGCUGCGCCACAUGAAGCUUAACACUCACGCCGACAAAAUCGAGCGGGCCGCCUUCGAAACCAUCAAGGAGAGCAAGUACCUCACCGGCGAUCUCGGUGGCCGUGCCAAGUGCUCCGAGUUCACAAACGAGAUCUGCGCCAAGCUGUAGACGACUUUCACGAAUCAACCGCAUCAAGAUCAAGCUGUGGCAAGGAACGCCAGCAACAACAACAACAACAACCAAGAACCGAUAAACACAGAGAGCAGAGAAAACAGCCAGGAUUAUUGUGCAGAGGGAAGAUGAUGCAGAUGCAGUAUGAAGGACAGCAAUUAAACACUCGCCCCAAACCAAAAAAUAUAUAGCAGCAAAACAACCACACACUCACUAAACUUUGCCGAAAGUUUCUUACGUUUAACCAUUUAAAAUUUUAACCCUCCCGAACGAAAAACAAAAAUGUUAUAAAGAGAGCACUACCUAAAGUAUUUUUAUGUUCGAAUACCUAGGUAUAUUAUUUAAUUUGCUUAGGACACAAUUGCAAGCGUUAAAAUUUGUUAAAUUGCCAAUUUUACUUGCGGUAGUAGAGUAUUUUUGUCGCCAUCCAGCCAAAACCCUUGAGUUAUUAUUGUUUAUAUAAUUCGUAUGCAAAGAGAUAAUCUUAAUUAUUUAUUGAUUAUUAAUUUUCUAAUUUGUUUAGUCUUUUGAGUUAAGUGAGCUCCGUGUGCAGCGUACAGCCGACGACCCACUUAUAAAAGGCAAACAUUUUGUCAAAUUGGAGGCAAAACGUGUGAAAUAGAAGCCAGACUAGUUAAAAGUUGAGUGUAAACGGUUACAAUAAUUUUAUUCUAAACAAAACAUAAAGUAAACUUAUUCAAACCAAGAGAGAAAUACACAAAUGCUAUGAAAUUGAAAGCAAUUGUUAUUAAUAAUUAAGCGAAAUGUAAUGCAAAAUCAUCAUGCAAUUGUUAAAACUCAAUAAAGGAAACCAAACUAAACGCCGA